UACCCAUUCUGAACAUCAUCACCGUCCUCGAGCUGAACGUUGAGCAGAUGCUAGCUUGAGAUUACACAUGCACAUAGUACUACGAAAGUUGCGCCUCCACUGACGGGCCAAUCGACUAUCGCCCUCGGCGACGACGCAACGGACUACGAAUCAACCCCGAGAGGCCAAGCCUGUCGCCCGCUUCCCGAGUGGUGGGGUGAGACGCUUGUCGCUCGGUCAACCGGUACCGUCCCAUCCUUUCAAAAGGGUACAAAAGGGUGACUCGUGAUGUCAACUUACAUCCUCAUCCCUCAACCAUCCCGUUCACGGCUACACCUCACCUCGUUGAGACCAGCGUCUCCAUCUCGAUAAAACCCUCCGCCAUGUCUGACAGCUCCGUCCAGUCCCAGCUCUGCUCGGACCUCUUACCCCGGGAAGCUAUCAUCGAUGCCCUGUAUCGAGCUGAGACGGCAUUCGACUCGAAUGACAAGGCUCUGUUCGAGACCAGCGUGACGGACGACAUGGUCUUCACCAUGAAUGGAGGGACUGUCAGCUUUGGCAAGGAUGCCCUCUGGGGAUUCAUCUCGUCCAAGGAUACGACACACUUUGCGAGCAACAUCCGCGUCAUGUACGCUUCCGGAAGCGAUACUGCCAAGAUGACAUUCACGGGUCUCGCUCAGCAUUACGGGGGAGGGACCGGGAACGACCUCAAGGCACCGUACUUCCUUGCUGGAGGACUCAACAAGGUUGAUCUGGUCAAAGGCUCCGUGGAAGGAGUAGAAGUUUGGAAGAUCAAGCAUUGGGCGAUGGACAGGAUCUGGGCGCAGGGCGACCAAGGAGUUCUCCACUGAUAGGCCAGCCUCGAACCGAUGCCACACCUCGGUCAUGGGAUUAGAUGCAAGCCUUUCAUGCCGUUCUCAUCUAGGCCUCCAUCCCGCAUGCUCA